AUGUCUUUGGGAAAUGACAAUGACUUAUCACAAAAUUUACAGGCUUUAGACCUAAAUAAUCAACAACCUUCGUCACAUUCAUCCAAGAAGAGAUCAAGAAGAGCAUUUCACACAAACUUUAAUUCACCUGUCGCAACCGCAGCACCAUCUGUAGCACCCACACCAGCACCUAUAGCCUCCCCUGGCAUUCCACAAACUUCAGGAUUUGGUGAAGCAUCAAAUUUACAACCCCCAGGGACACAAUUCCCACUACAAAGUCAACCUAUUGCGGUAAGUUACGAGUCACCUAAUGCGCAACAAUCGGUGCCGUCUUUACAAGCACAUAGAUAUUUGGAACAGAAGGAAUAUGAUACACCAAAUGAAGAGGGAAACUACAAGUCGUUUUUAACAUUUUCUGAAACCGUCCCACCUGAUGCAGGUGUUCAGUUUCACUUCACUGAUCAAGGAACAGCCUCCUCCAAGUAUAUGCGCUCCACGAUGUAUUAUGUUCCCGAAUCAGAAAAAUUAAGACUGGCAAGUAAACUACCAGUUGCAGUUACAAUUAGACCGUUUGCUCCUCUCUUGGAGACUGAGGAACCUGUACCGACAGUUGAAUUUCAAAAUGAUAAUAGCCCCGAGACCAUUUCAAGUAGUGACGACCCAUUGAGUAAAGGUCCCUUAAGAUGUCAUAGAUGUCGAGCUUAUGUCAAUUCGUCUAUGCAAUUCACCCACAAUCAAAGAUUUAUUUGUAAUAUUUGUCAGUUUGCCAACAAUGAAGUCCCACCAGAGUAUGCAUCGGCACUUGAUGCCAGGGGUUUUAGAAUUGACAAAUUUGUCCGUCCAGAAUUGCACAAAAGUGUUUAUGACAUGCGCGUACCAAAGGAGUACAACUUUGGAGCUAGUAAUAAAAAUCCAGAACAAUUGCAUAUUGUAUUUUUGGUUGAUAUCUCAGAAAAUAGUAUUAAACAAAAUUUACCCGUUUUGGUUAGUGAAUCUAUCAGAGCAACAUUAUUCAGUUACAAUGAAGAGGUUGAAAAGCCAACCCCUUAUAAAAUAGCCAUCAUGGCGUUCGACAAAAAGUUGCAUUUCUUUAACUUGUCGGCCAAGCUUGAAAGGACGCAGAUAUCUAUCUCUUCAGACCUCGAAGAUCCCUUCGUUCCAUUCGAUGAAGGAUUAUUUGCAGAUCCCGAAGAAAGUAGGUUUGUCAUAGAGGAUGCAUUGAACUAUCUCGAACAGUUGUGCAAUUCUGAGACACGUGUAUUUGAUCUGGAGCCGUGCUUUGCAGUUGCUUGCAAAACUGCGGGCAUGUGUUUGGACAUGCAUGGCGGUGGUAAGAUAGUUUCCGUGUUAUCUAAUCUUCCAUCUUGGGGUCCUGGAGGUUUGAGAUAUAAGGACAACAAAGCUGUUGGUAGAACUCCUGCACCCGAAGUGGAAAAGAAAAUAUUUUUACCAGACAACGAGUAUUAUAAAAGCAUGACGAAAGAAUUUAUCGAAAAGAGUGUUGGUUUGGACCUCCAUAUCGCGUGUCAUACCUCUGUUGAUCUUUCGAAUAUAGGUUUCUUAGUUUCAUCAACGGGUGGCGAAUUAACACGCUGGCCAAAUUUGUACUAUGAAAGAGAUGGUCGUUUGUUUAAUGCAAAAUUCAAGAACUCAGUGGUCAACACAACCGGUUAUCAAGGGCAGUUGAAAUUGCGUUGCUCAAAUGGGUUGCAAGUCAUCGAUUAUUACGGUACCUCCUCGUCUAUAAGAGAUGCAAGUAUUUUGGGAUCAGUGCAAGAUCCUGUAGUACCUGUAUUGAGCAAGGAUCAUACGUUUACAGUGUUACUUCAAUAUGAUGGUACCCUCAGUCGAAAGUUGGAUUGCCAUUUCCAAGCUGCUUUGCUCUACACUGACAAUUAUGGUCAAAGAAAGGUACGCGUAAUUAACUUGGUUUUGGCAGUGACUAAUAAGCUAGAGGAUGUGUUUAAUUUUGCCGAUGAGAAUGCCAUCGUUGCAACCUUGGUUAGGGAUACUCUUAAUUUUGUUGGUCAGCAAACAUUGGCUGAAUUAAGAGAGUCUCUUAAUACUAGAUUGGUCGAUGUUUUUUCUCAAUAUAGAGCUAUGACCGAGUUCGGCCACAAUCUGGUAAAGACAAUGAGCAACAAUUUAUUAUUCCCUGACUCGUUAAAGCAUUUACCCAUUUACAUCUUGAGCUUUUUGAAGACACAUGCAAUCAAUGCAUCUACCGGAUUAUCUGCAGACGCUAGAUUGGUUGACUUGUUCAACAUGUUGAACAUGCCUUUAGAAAGAUUAAUGUACCAUUUGUAUCCCGCAUUGAUUGAGUUGCACUCGUUGACUCCAGAAGAAGGAACCAUAGACGAGGCAACUGGCUUCACUAUUCUUCCCCAAUAUAAAGACUUGACAUUGAAGAUUUUGGAUAGAGGUGUUUACAUCUUAUGCGAUGGAAUAAGAGUGUACGUUUGGCUUGAUCCGGAAGCAAACAUCAUGUUGAUAAAGGAUCUAUUUGGUGAGCAAUAUGAAAGCAUUGAGGAAAUUGAUGCAUUUAUUGAUGAAUUGCCUGAUUUACAGUCAGAAAUUUCCCAACAAGCUCGUACCUUGAUUCGUUUUUUGAAUAAGCAUAUUGUUGGUGUUGAAUCUCCUUCAGUACAACUUAUCCGCAAAGGUCUUGAUGGUUCUGAACUUACAUUUAAAGAAUUAUUACGAGAGGAUGCUUUUGGAGGCGCUAUGAAGGCUACAAAUGGAAUUGGUUUCGCUGAAUAUCUCACUAGUUUGCAUAAAGCCAUAAAAGUUCAAUUGGAGAGCGACAAAGCAUCGCAAAUUAUCCGACAAUCGAUUUCAACCGUUGAACAUGACACCGGAACUUUGGCACAAAGGUUUAUAAACUUCUAA